AUGGAUUCCGGCCAGGGUGCAUUAGCACCGGGACAGGAGAUCAGAAUCGUCAGUGCUUCGGUGGUGGCACACUUACAGGCCCAAGGAUUACAGGGCAAUGAACUCAAUGCGGCGAUUAUGGCGGCUUCGCAGCCGCAAAGUGCCGCCCAACAGCAUGUUCAGCAUCAGCAACAUCAGCAACAUCAGCAGCAGCAGCAGCAGCAUCAACAGCAGCAGCAGCAACAGCAGCAACAGCAGCAACAACAACAGCAGCAGCAGCAGCAACAGCAACAUCAGCAGCAACAACAUGCGCAGCAGCAGCAACAGCAAUUGCAGCAGCAGCCGCAGCAGCAGCAACAACAACAACAGCAGCUUCAGCAGCAGCAGCAGCAGCAGCAACAACAACAACAGCAGCAGCCACAGCAGCAGCAUCAGCAACAACAACAUGCGCAACAGCAUCCAACCCAGCAGGCGGCACACCAACAAGCACAGCAGCAAGCAGUAGCUGCGCAACAGCAGGCGGUUGCACAGCAGCAAGCUCAUCAGCACGCAGUAGCCCAGCAACAACAUGCACAGCAACAGCAGCACCAGGCACAGCAGCAGCACGCCCAACAGCAGGCUCAGUUGCAGGCACAAAUUCAGCAGGUUUCAGCACAAUCACAACCACAGGUGAUUACACUACAGCAGCUGCAGAACUUUCUUCCGCAGCAUCAGUUGAACGCACUCACGACGGCCGAUGGACAGGCGGUACAGGUGUCGGCAGGGCCACCGGGUACCGCACCGGGCUCCACACCGGUCGGCACACCGAUGAAAACGUUCGUCACCUCUCCCUCGCAGAUGUCCCAGCCACAGAUUGUCAGUCUCCAGGGAAUACCGCAGCAGUUUCUGCAAGGUGGAGGGCAGUUGAUACAGAACCAAAACGGACUGUUCCAGAUGGUGCAGCCAGUGCAAACAAUUAGCUUGGACGGUGGCCAGGAGACUUUGUACGUACCUGCGGGUGGGCUUCAGGGCCAGCAGCAGCUCAUGGCCGGUGCACAGGCGGUGCAAAUCAAUGGUCAACCGGCUUUUAUCACACCGUCCGGACAAAUCAUACGAGCACCGAAUGGGAGCGUUUUACCAGCCAACUUUCUGCAGAACAUGACUCAGGCUGUCCAGUUACCUGCCGCGGGUCAGGCUACACUUACCAUACCGGGCACUAAUAUAACCAUCCCGUUGGGAACGCCCAACGCCGCGAACGUAUUGCAUCAAGUUCAACAACAACAUCAGCAGCAGCACCAACAGCAGCAGCAACAACAAGUUCAACAACAGCAACAACAAGUGACCCAACAGCACCACCAAGCAACGGCUCAGACGCAACAACAGCAGCAGCAGCCACAGGCUCAACAGCAGCAAGUACAACAGCAGCAGCAGCAACAACAGCAAAGCCAGCAACAGAUCGUUCAGCAGCAACAACAGCAACAAGUACAACAGCAGCAGCAGCAGCAGCAGCAACAACAACAGAUAGUAGCACAACAGCAAGCAGUAGCUGCAGCAGCAGCAGCAGCGCAGCAACAACAGACAGCAGCCGCAGCCGCCGCCGCUCAGCAGAUGCAGCAAUUCCAGCAGGCAACGUAUACAAUACCUGGCACGAACAUACAGGUUCCCGCGUCGACGAUAGCUGCUUUAAAUCAAUUCCCAAAUAAUAUUACAACGAUUAAGCUAGAUGGAGGGCAAAAUGUGCAAGUUCGUCCGGCAGGGACGGGGCUUCCGCAGGUUGUACAGUUUCCCAUGCAACAGACGAUCCCCGUGCAGAUGCCGAUCUCGACCGCCAAUGGACAGACCAUUUACCAUACCGUCCAAGUGCCGGUACAGCAAUUCGGUUCGAUGAUGCAACCACAGAUGCAAGUCAUACCGCAGAUGCCUCAAAUGGCUAAUAUCAUUACCCCGAACGGACAGAUUCAUCAGAUCCAGCUAACCUCGCUGAAUCCGUUGGCUGGUCUGCAGGCGGCAUCCAUGCACCCAAACAUAAUCCUCCAGCCGCAGCCGGGUCAGACGACGGCGGCUGCCACAGCACAGCAGAUUCAGAAUGGCCCAAACGGGCCAAUGGUGGUCAGUACGGCAAAAGCUGCAGCAGCGGGGCAGGAUCCCUCCGGUGGCCACCAGCAGCAACAGCAACAACAGGCUCAGCAGCAGCAACAGCAACAGCAACAACAGCAGCAACAGCAGCAACAGCAGCAACAUCAGCAACAGCAGGUGGCAGCAGCUGUAGCUCAGCAGUUGGCAGCAGCCGCAGCAGCUUCGGGCCAUACGGGAGCAACUCAACAACAGCAGCAGCAGCAGCAGCAGCAACAGCAGCAGCAGAUCCAAAUCGCCGGCGGCGCGCUACCGAUAACGAUAGCAACCGCAGCCGGGCCGCAGCAGAUUACGCUACAGCAGCUGCAGGCAAUCCCCGUGCAAAACAUCCCCGGUAUCGGGAACGUUCAGGUGAUACCGACAAAUUUCAUGCAACCGGUUCAACCGCAAACAGCGGCGUCGCAGCCUCAGUUGAACCCGGUCACUCAAGCAGGGCAGCAGCAACAGCAGCAGCAGCAGCAAACGCAGCAGCAGCAGUCUAUAGCGGCAGCCCUUCAGCAGGCAGCGGCGCAUCCACUAUCAUCAAGUAUAAAGCCGGAUCCAAGCGAACCCGCUAAGUGCUUGAUUAAGCAGGAACCCCUGUCGUCGCCGCAAGCGGCACUGGCAGCAGCCACCGACGCGUAUCCAACGGCGCUCAUCGCGUCACCAGUUGGAGGCAACCCUGCGCAGAUAGUGACGGUCGGUGGGGCUAGCGGUACGUUGGGGCUCACGUUGCCCAAACGUUCGCCGUCUGCCACCACGACCACUUCGACCCCGACACCCUACCAACAGCAGCAGCCUACUCAGAUCGCUAUCAAAGGCGGAGGAGCUGAAGUGGUUACUGGCGUUGGUGCGACGGGCCAAACAUCCGUUAACGUUAAUAUCAGUGUCGGUGGUGGUAUUAGAACUGGUACUGGUGGUAGCAGAGGUACUAGUCGUAGUGCUGGGAGUUCAGACAAUACUUCCUCCGCUCCGGUCGAACGCCGUCGAAAAUACUCGCCGCCUCGGGAGAUCUCUCCAAACAACGGCGGUGUGCCGAAGCAACGGGUUCGCCGAGUGGCCUGUUCCUGCCCAAACUGUGAGGCGAAAGGUGACGGAACGCAGGACCGGAAAAGGCAACACAUCUGUCAUGUCAGCGGCUGCAACAAGGUGUACGGCAAAACGUCCCAUUUGAGGGCGCAUCUAAGAUGGCAUACAGGUGAGCGACCUUUCGUCUGCAACUGGACGUACUGCGGGAAGCGGUUUACGCGCUCGGACGAGUUGCAGCGGCACCGGAGAACCCACACUGGCGAGAAGCGAUUCCAGUGCUUCGAGUGCAACAAGAAGUUCAUGCGUAGCGAUCAUCUCUCCAAGCACAUACGUACCCACUCCAAAUUGAAGCGAGACCAUGUAAGAUACAUAGAGUCUGGCGAUGAACUUCUGUAUGAGGAGGAAGAAAUCCUUGAAAAUGAUGACACUGACUACAAAACGGACGACGACGAUGAAAACGAUGCCGACGGCGUGCGAAUGUCGUCACCGAACGGGUCGGCCGAAACAUUGGCCGAUUUAAAGGAUCUCGGGUCGAUUCAUUCGGGAUCGGAGGAGAUGGACAGUAUCGACAGCUCGGACCAGAAAAUGAUGAUCACCAUUGGCAACGACGAUCCGGAGCAGCCGAUAGAAUCAAACUAGCAGUACCCGCUAUUAUCGAAUACGAUAAGCAUUACUUUUGAUUAGGUGCCACAUAGAGCAAGAAAGGUAGCACAUCAUAUGAGUUAUCGAUUUCGUAAUGGUUCAAUACGAGUACCUUCACGUAAGGCACGGAUGAAAUUGGUUCUUUUUGGGCUUGACGAUUUUUACAUACAGUUAAAAUCGCGAGUUAUCGACUACGGUUGUCGAUAAUACUCGUCUGAAGGACGGUGCGUAUUUAAAUUGCAUAUAUACCAUUACAUGUGUUUACGUUUCAUUGUAGUUUCAAUCGAAAUCGUCUUCUUGUCUCGUAAAAUCUGAUUUUGCAGUCGGUGGUCCAUGUCCACCAUAAGAACAUAAAACUGCAAUGAAACAUCAAUAUUGUAUUAUUCGUCUAUUUCGAAAGGUAGUAUAAAGCAUAAGAUAACUUAGUUUAAUACAGAGUAAAAAUUAUGUGUUAACAUAACAAAUGGUAGAUUUUAACGGAAGUAGUGCAACGAACAUAACGGCCUGUAUAGUUUGUACACAUUCGUGCGUAUGGACUUUGUAAAUAAAUAUUUUAAAUGGUUUUAUUUAUCAAACAUGA